UCUUUGCCUUCCCGUGUAGGCUAUCCUAUUUGGGGCUGUUGUGUGAAAACAGCCUUAGAGGAAUGAUUUUAGGACUGGAAAAUGACUGAGUGACCAUCUUACGAAAGAAACAGAAGUUGCUGAAAGAUGAAGGUGAAGGUGGAGAAGUGUCCAACAGAUGACCACUCUCUCACCAACUGUGCGAUUGUCAGCGACGAUGACUUUCAAACGAAAAAGUAUCCACACUGGGAAGUGAUCUGCGGUCCGGGCCAGCACUAUGUGUUCUCGGUGCACGCGUAUCCGAAGAUGCGACCGGGGACGAUGGGCUUCUCCCUGCCGCAGAGGAAGUGGGCGUCGCUGUCCAUCAACCAGGAGGUGGAGGUCCGGCCGUUUAGCGUCGGGAAGGACCAGUACCUCAGCAACGUCGUCUUGGAGAUCGACUUCUUCCAGAAGAAGAGUGUGACGCAGGAUCCGUACAAUACCGAUGAGAUGGCCAAGGAGUUUGUGAUGCAGUUUCCGAACCGGGUGUUCACCGUCGGUCAGCUCCUCGUGUUUCAGUUCCUCGACAAGAAGCUCCUGUCGCUCUGUGUCAAGGACCUCGAAGCCACCGACCUGGACGCCAUCAAAGAGGGGAAGGAAGUGAAGCCGAAGAAGGUGAAGAUCGGGAUGGUCCUGCCCAACACGAGCGUCAGCUUCGACAAGGCGGACGGAGCCACCAUCAACCUGGUGGGGAAGGCAAGGGGGAAGCAGGUCAGGCCGAAUAUCAUCAAUCCCGACUGGAACUUCGAGCGGAUGGGCAUCGGCGGACUCGACAAGGAGUUCAACGCCAUCUUCAGACGAGCCUUCGCAUCCCGGGUGUUCCCCCCCGAAGUCGUCGAGCAACUCGGUGAGCUCCGACCCCGUUGAAUCCCCCCGCCCCGCCUCCGCGACUCACGACUCCGUCCCCCAGGUUGCAAGCACGUGAAGGGGAUCUUGCUGUACGGCCCCCCGGGCACGGGCAAGACUCUCAUGGCCCGCCAGAUCGGGAAGAUGCUGAACUCCCGGGAGCCGAAGAUCAUCAACGGACCCCAGGUCCUGGACAAGUACGUGGGCGAGAGCGAAGCCAACAUCCGACGACUCUUUGCCGACGCGGAGGAAGAGGAGAAAAGGCUCGGGCCCAAUAGUGGGUUGCACAUCAUCAUCUUCGACGAGAUCGACGCCAUCUGCAAGGCGAGGGGGUCGGUGGCGGGGGCGAGCGGGGUCCACGACACGGUCGUCAACCAGCUUUUGGCCAAGAUCGACGGGGUGGAGCAGUUGAACAACGUUCUCGUGAUCGGGAUGACCAAUCGGCGGGACAUGAUCGACGAGGCGCUGCUUCGACCGGGGAGGCUCGAGGUUCAAAUGGAGAUCGGACUCCCGAACGAACACGGACGGGUUCAGAUCCUCAACAUCCACACGUCACGGAUGCGGCAGUUUGGGAAGAUGGGUUCGGAUGUGGACGUCUGCGAAUUGGCAACGUUGACCAAGAACUUCAGCGGGGCCGAGAUCGAGGGGCUGGUGAGGGCGGCCCAGUCUUCCGCCCUCAAUCGCCUCAUCAAGGCGUCGUCCAAGGUCGAGGUGGACCCGAACGCGGCAGAGAAGCUCCUUGUUUCGCGGCCGGACUUCCUUUAUGCUCUCGAGAAUGACAUCAAGCCCGCAUUUGGAGCAAGUGAAGAGGCACUCACUACGUACAUGGCACGAGGAAUCAUUGCCUGGGGUGAUCCUGUCCAUCACUUGUUGGAAGAUGGGAAUCUAUUGAUUCAGCAGGCCAAGAGCCCCGAAAGUUCAGGACUCGUCUCCGUCCUUCUUGAAGGACCUCCCAAUUCUGGAAAGACUGCCUUAGCUGCAUUCCUGGCCAAGAACUCCGGCUUUCCGUUCGUGAAGGUCUGCACUCCCGAGGACAUGAUCGGCUUCACUGAGUCUGCCAAGUGCCUCACCAUCCGCAAGACCUUCGAUGAUGCAUACAAGUCGACAAUGAGCUGCAUCGUUGUAGAUAACCUGGAACGUCUCAUAGACUAUGGUCCAGUGGGACCUCGAUAUUCCAACCUCACUCUCCAGGCCCUGCUGGUCCUUCUCAAAAAGCAGCCUCCACGGGGAAGGCAACUUCUUGUAAUCUGCACCUCUAGUCGAAGACAAGUGCUGGAAGACUUGGAGCUGAUCUUUACAUUCACAGCAGUACUUCAUGUCCCUUGUCUGUCCAAGUCAGAACACCUACUGCGUGUCCUCGAAGAAACAGACGUGUUCUCUAAGCGCGAACUGUUAAAUAUCUCCAACAAAACCAAGGAUCGGAGGGUGUUCAUUGGAAUCAGGAAAUUGCUUGCCAUGGUGGAUAUGGCCAGGCAAACAGAAGAACAGUUUCGAACUCUCAAGUUUCUAUCCCGUCUUGAGGAAGAAGGCAGUUUGGAGAUGGUUGCCUGAGUGUAGACCGGGCAGCUGUUGUGUUUUGCAUUCCAUCCCAGUCAAUUUGCAUUCCAGUGGUGAAGGAGUGUGUUUAGGAGCAUGUGAUGGACUCAGUUCAUCACUUAGCAAUGCUUUCCCUCCCUGUGAUUUUAUGCCAAAAUGAUCUCACCAUGUUGCAGAAGCUUGAGUAGUUACAAACUUUAUAUAGUUGGUUUCUGGUGUCAAAAUUAAGUCUAGUACUGCCAAAUGGCCUGCAUGGGAUAAACAAAAGGAAUGGAUAUUUGUCUUAAAUGACAGAUUCAAACUCCUAAUACAUUGCCAUGAUGCUGUGGUAUAGCAUAUCAUUGCCCUUAUAUCAUUAGUGUGUUAUAAAAAUGGACCAAUUGGAGAUGUGCUGUGAUGGGCAUAUAAGGUUUUGAUCAACAGCUCUUGGCUAAACAUUAGUCUAUAUAUAUAUAACCAGACAUCUUGGCUGCCUCAGUCUGUUGUAGCAAAAUGGUGAAUAAGGAUUCAUCUCAAAUAGGCCCAUUUUUAGGAGAUACCAUAAUGACAUGAAGGCAAAUAUGCACUGUCAGGGUUCUCUACCCUAUCUAGUAGAUAUUUAUUAAAGUUGAUUCAAUGUCUUGUUAGUCCAAGUGCAUUAGGCAAUAUGAUGGUUUCUAGGUUUUACAUAUAUUUGUUUUGAAAUUGAGGGGUCAAAUCUCUGGCCAGUGUAAGCAGUGUAAGUCAUCAUUGAAUACUCAUCCAUUUAUGAUGAAGUGAGUAGGAAGGGAAGUAUCAGCUUCUAAUGAGAAAACAUUAUUGAAAUCCUAUGUAAAUGUGUGACGUUUUCUUAUUGCAUGCAGAGAAAAACUCAUUCAAGUAUGGAGUUCAAUGGUACAUUAGGGAAGACAUUAGAGCUUUACAAGUUCAUGAUAUCACUAUAUAAGGGGGGAGUUAGAACUUUGUGAUUUGUGAGAAGUUUUUCUUUGAGUAAGUUGCACCAUUGGAUUGAUUCUUGUGUGGAAUCUCACAGAAUGCUUUCCCUCUAUGCAUCAGAUUUUUCAACUACAGGAAGAGUCUGAAUUCUAAACAAUGGGAAAAGUUCAAUCAUUAGAUUGUUAGUCUAACCUCCAGUUCAAGUCUAACUUGAAUCUGUUUCUGUUUUUAGAAAGUUUUGUUAUUUGCUCUCAUAGUGCACUUCAAGGGGAUUGGG